AUGGCAUCGUUUCCCGACCUCUUUCCUGGGUUGACCCUAGCAGUUUUCUACGAUGAUGAUGUUCUAUGGCAUGAGCGAUUAGUGCUUUGGCGCCUCACGGAUCUGGAGUGGUACGUGCUGACGCCCGACCUUGACAUGUAUGCUGAGGACUUGUCAUGCAGUGGAGGUGAUGGACCGUCCAAAUUCAAAGUGAAAGGGAAAGAUUUUAGAUACUGGUCUAGAGUAGGUGGUGGUUCUUACAGGUUUGCAAAGCCCAUCAAUGAUGACCAGCUCCUUCGUACCUACAUCAAGCAGGCUUUUCGCGAGGGUUCAAAGGAAGCCAGUUUUGAUCCUGAUUGGAGACCGGACCACGUCGUGGACACCAAGGGCGUCGUCCAGGACACGGAUGUUUUCUUGGGUCCCUUGGUGCUGCACCGACUGACUGACAAAGGGCCCGCGAAUCGCAGAGCCAUGGGUGCUGGGGUGGUGGCCGGGGGAGAUACCUCCGGGGAUGAUGAUCGGGUGACCAGACCUAUCGUUGAAGCUGACCCGUCUCAAGUUUGGCUGAUCACCGAAAAUAUUGACCAGUACAAGAUUGGGGACUAUGCCCGAGUCGAUCCCAGUCGUGACUUGAUGCUUGGAGGCCACACAGGACUCAUUCGGGUCGCCUCGGGCUGGGCAAAGGCAGAACUGAUUUUGACCACGGAUGCCGCAGAGUUCGUUCGUGCUCGUCGGGGUGAUGCCGGCUCCCCGUCUCCUUCACCCCUUCAGGCAACCGAGAUUCACGAGAACGAAGAGGGAUCCAGUGACGCUCGAACUUUGAUGGUUGACUACGACCACCAGGGCACCAGAUUCAAAGAGUGGCGAGUGGUGGUUGCCGACAGCAAAGACUACCACUAUGAGGACUGGCCCUGCGAGGGCCCAUCGACGGUGCUUCAUCUUCUGAAGCACAUGAUGAAGUUUGGUGGUGACCCUAAGCAAUGGUUGGAACUGUGGGCACGUCAGAAAUCGAUUUCAGAUCAAGACCGGGUGAAGCAUGAGCUCAGGAGAGUCCAAUGCAUAGUCGACGCCUAUGCCGCCGGUGGAUCUGGUGCUCCGGAUUGGGGCAACGCAAAGCUGUUCACUGGAUACACUGGGCCCGAGGACCUAGUGAUGCCCCAGCUCAAGACAUGGGCUGCAAGGCGGGGGAAGGAGGAAGUCGAGCUCUAUCAAGUGGAGUUCAAGAAGAAGCAGCAGCAGCCGCAGCAGAUGGCAACCUUCCUGCCGGAGGAGCCCCAAAACCCAAACGCCGUGGUGGGCGAGGGAAAGGGCUGCGAGCUCAUGAACCGGAUGGGGUCCAGCGGGGUGAGCCUGACCGCUGGAUUGAACUAUGAUGAUGAUAGGCUCAUGGGUCCGAUGGGGCAUACCUCUGCAAGUGGGCUCUUUCCUUUGCCUCGGCCAGAUGCUCUGCCGAAGCUGAAGGGCUAUGGUCGCCGCUCCCAACACCGAGCUGCGCGAAGAGUCCGAAUUCGUGAUGAUUUGAGGGAGGCAAUUGCCUCCUUGAAUUGGAUGCAUGUGGGUGACUUCGAUGCUCCACCUUCGGCCGCUCAUCCUCUCCAACGAGAAGUUUUGUGCCGCCUAGAAGCUUUGGUGGAACGGGCGGAUGAUCUGGGUGACCAUGGUCAUUUGCCGUCACUGGAGGCAGCCUAUGGUGAGCUGCUCCGAGGCAGAGAUGGUUAUGCCGAGCCAUCGACGCCGGCCUCGUUAGCGCCCUACAACCUCGAGCUCGUGUCCCUUCCAACUGACCUUUGUGACGCUCCUCGUGCUGAGGAACUGUUGGAGGAGGCCGACCGUCGAUACCUGCAGGGGCAAGAGCGUAUGUUACGGGAAAUCCCCAAGGAAGACAGUGAAGUCAUCAAGCCGUAUUGGGAUCCUGCCCUCAGACAUAACCCAGGUAGAUAUCGCAAGUUUAUUCAGCGUUUGAAUGACAUCAAACCAGCCAACGCAGAGCUUGAAGAGCCACCCGGCAUCUCUUUGCCAACCGCUGAGACCUUUGCAAAGAUUGAGAUGGAGACACACAUGCAUGAUGGUGAUGACCCGGAACUAGGCAUCUAUGCAGGUCUCUCAGAUGUCCGUGAUUGUUUUCAUCGCAUCAAGCAGCCUAGAUGGCUGUCGAAGUACUUUUGCUUCCUUCCAAUCGAGGCCAAGCAUGUUGGGCUCACCGGAACUGUGCUGGAGGGCCACACUCUCAGCUCGAAUGACUUGGUGUUCCCGAUGCCGGGAUCACUGUGUAUGGGGUUCAGUUGGUCAUUGUUCUUUGCUCAACGCAUCAACGAGGUGGUCAUGAGAAGAGUGAGCAGUUUAUCAUAUUCUACUCUAAUCCACGAUCGAGGUGGGCCAGCGGUUUUUGGUGACCACCUCCCUGAUGAAUUAAAGCACUUUGUCUAUGUGGACAACCUCGGGGUGAUGUCAACCGACCGCCAGGCCGUCAGUGGAGCAUUGGAUGAUCUGGUUGGCAAGUUCACCCAGGAGAAAUUGCUUCUCCAUCCAGGCGAGAUACAGCAUGAGUGCAUCAAAGCGCUUGGUGUGCAACUGGAUGGGCAGAACCUCUUCUCCUCACUUAGCCCCGACAGGUAUCACCGCGUUCGUCAAGGGCUACGUUGUCUUCUAAGACGAGGUCGAUGCAGUGGUCGGGUCCUUGAGAUACUCAUCGGUCAUUGCACUUAUUGUGGUUUGAUGAAUAGGGCUUUGCUUUCAGUUUUCCACAACGUUUACAAGUUCAUCCAUUCCCACCAUGAUCACCCAGCAACUCUUUGGAAUAGCGUCAGGGCGGAGCUACGGGCAUUCUGCGGCCUUAUGCCGCUGAUUGCUUCUGACUGGUGCCGGCCUUGGAAUGAGUUGGUGCCAGUGUCCGACGCCAGUGAAGAGGGCUUUGGGGUUUGCGCAGCUGUCUGGACAUCUUCUCAGGCAGCAGCAGUUGGCAGGGUUUCUGAACGAGACCGAUUCAAGCGUGCCGGGAGCCACAGUGCCAGAGAGACGGCGCUGACUUCAGCGGGGUUUGUCAAAGACGAGGUGUCGGGCAAGUGGGCCGAAGGUAUCCUCGAUGAUGAGGAGUACCUCAAGCUCAGUGGCUGGGACCUCAGAACUGACUUUCCAGAAGUCCCCGCUCACAAGCUCAGAGAUGGAAGUUGGCAAACCGUUCGGCAAGGCAGGUGGAAGAAGCACGAGCACAUCGUGCACUUGGAAGCCCGGGCCUUGGUGAAAUCUUUUGAGUACUUGGUUGAAGACACCCAUUCAAAGGACUGCAGACAACUCUUUUUAGUGGAUUCAAUGAGUGCGGCAUUGGCAUUCGAUAGAUGCAGAAGUCGCAACUUCAAGAUGCUGAGACAGAUCCGAAAGUUUUACCUCACGCGCUGCACCAUGCCGACCUCAAGAAAACGGGUGCUGCAACCGCCAGAGGGGUUUCAAAGCCAAAAGAGAAGAUGUGCAGUGCUGGAGAAAGGAAGUGCCAUGCCAGUCAUGAAGAAAGCCAGGACCUCCUCGCUCCAGCGGACAGACCCAACAGUUUCUCUGCUGAAGAAGCCGUCCUUCUUGCCACCCAGCCUAGAGUCUUUGGUCAAAGGCAUGGACAAGCUCCCGCAACCGCGGAAGCAGAUGGAGCCCGAUCUCGAGAGUGCCGCCAGUUCCUCGAGUUCAGAACCUGCCAGGGAUGUCAGAACCAAGGCACUGGCGAAGCGAAGUCGAGGCAGGCUUCGGAAGUAUGUGCAAGAGGCCAUGGAGGCAAAGUCCAUGGGUCUCAGCUUGUUAGAAAAGAAAGCUAUUGGGGACCGGAGCGCCAAGUACUACCAAGAGGAGUACAAGCAGUUGCUCAUUUUUGCCAAGACGCGGAAGCUGAUGAUGACUCUCCCACGCGAACUGGAUGCAACCCUUGUGGAGUACUUCAACGACCUUUUCAUGAGGGGUCACCCAGCGCAUCGGGGGGACAAAAUCAUCGCCACCGUGAUGCACCACCAGUCCGAGUACAGCAAGCUGGGAUCCAGUCGGCUGCCGCGAGCCUGGCGAUGUCUCAAAGGCUGGAGGCGUUUAGCGCCAGGAACCUCGAGGAAAGCCUAUCCCCUAGGCGUGUGGUGUGCCAUCGCCUUGGAAUUGAAGAGGCUGGGACAUCUUCAGAUGGCAGUCUUUACGCUGGUGGGCCUCUCUUCGUACAGCCGUCCUUCAGAACUGCUGAGAUGCAGGGCCUUCAGCCUGGUGAAGCCGUCGCCAGGGAUUACAGAGUUUUGGAGUCUUUUGCUGAAUCCAGAAGAAAGGAUGGACCGGUCGAAAGUCGGCGAGUUCGACGACAGCAUUGCCCUCGACUCUCCUUGGAUGAGGCCUUGGGCAGCAACCCUGCUGAAGCCGCUCGCCAGCCAGGGCGCCGACCUCCCCUUGUGGAACUUCAACUACUCCCACUACUUCAAGGUUUUCUCCCAGGUGACAGAGACUUUGGGGCUAGACAUGACACCAUAUCAGAUGAG